AUGACAACAGAAUGUUUAGUAAAAUUCUCUUACUUAGAAAAAGCUAUUGAUCUUUGGAUAAGUCAAGUAUCAGCUAGUGGUCUUACUAUUAGUGAUAACAUUUUAUAUAAAAAAGCUAGGAUAUUUGUACAGGCUUUAGAUAUUUCAGAAAAAUUAUUAUCAUUAUCUAAUAAAUUAUUAUCUAGUUAUGAAGUUGAAAAUAUUUAUAAUGCUAAUAAAACUGAAUUGUUUUAUAGAAUGACAAGUAAUCAAACAUUGGUAACUGAAGUAAUUGAUUUUAUUGAAGAAGUUUGGGAAAAAGUAACAUCAUUAACAAUUACAAAUUGUUGGAUAGAAACAGGAAUUUUAUCAGAUACAAAUGAAGAAGAAAUUAAUGAUGCUAAAAAUAAUAUGCAAGAUAAGGAUUUAUAUAAUCAAAAUGAAAUCGAUAAUCUUUUAUUAGAUAUAGAUAUUUCAUUAGAAUUUGAAGAUAACAAUAAUAUAGCUAUUGAAGAACUAUUAACAGAUGAUCAAAUAAUUAAAUUAAUAUUGAAAGAAAAUAAUUCUGUAUUACAAAACAUCAACAAUGAGUCUGACAAUGAAGAACCACCUAUUGUUAGUAUUAAAGAAAGUUUUGUAUCUUUAAAAAAAUGGAUAAGUUUUUUUGAACAACAAAAUUCAAAUGAUUUUUGUUUUGACGAUUUAAUUAAAUUUAAAAAAUAUAUAUGA